GUCCUCGUAUAUAUUUGGAUCCGCCGAAAAAAAAGGCAACUUCUUGCUGCUCAUUUGAAAAACUCAAGCAGACACAGAUUCAGGGUUUAUCCACUUAUUUUUCGCCGAGAUCCAACAAUGGCUGACGUCGAACCAGAGGUUGCAGCUGCGGGAUUGCCGAAGAAGAGAACGUUCAAGAAAUUCGCCUUCAGAGGAGUCGAUCUCGAUGCUCUUCUCGACAUGACUACCGACGAUCUUGUCAAGCUCUUCAGCUCCCGUAUUCGCCGAAGGUUCUCUAGAGGAUUGACGAGGAAACCUAUGGCUCUGAUUAAGAAACUGCGCAAGGCGAAAAGAGAGGCACCAGCUGGUGAGAAGCCGGAACCAGUGAGAACCCACUUGAGAAACAUGAUCAUUGUGCCUGAAAUGAUUGGAAGCAUCAUCGGUGUGUACAAUGGGAAAACUUUCAACCAAGUGGAGAUCAAGCCCGAGAUGAUUGGGCAUUACCUUGCAGAGUUCUCCAUCUCAUACAAGCCAGUCAAGCACGGAAGGCCCGGUGUUGGUGCUACCCACUCCUCCAGGUUCAUCCCUCUCAAGUGAAGACCUUACAGAGACUCUGGCUUUCUUAGGCUCUCAUUUUGCCAUUACAGGGUCCUUCUCUUGUCUGUUUUUGGACCAUUUUGUCUGUUCUUCACUCUGUUUUGCUACUCUCCCGCAUCAAUUCUCUCUUCUUUUUGAAUGUCUGUAAACUCUUGGUUCAUUUGAUUAAAGAAGACUCAAAACUUUUUGGG